AUCAGACCAAUACAUUAAGAAUCUCUUGUCUCUUAUCGCGUCAGAGCUCGAGCUUUUCGGGGUCUCUUGGUCUGAUUCAUCUUCAAGGGUUUUCAGCUCUGAGGCCAAUUUCUGAAUUUUGAUUUUGAGAUUCAACUAUCAAGGAGUGAUCAGAAUGCAGGCUUCAAGGGCAAGGCUUUUUAAGGAAUACAAAGAGGUGCAACGAGAGAAAGUAGUUGAUUCAGAUAUUCAACUAGUUUGUGACGAUUCCAACAUAUUUAAAUGGACUGCUCUAAUUAAGGGACCAACAGAAACCCCUUAUGAAGGUGGCGUAUUUCAGCUUGCAUUUGCUGUUCCCGAGCAGUAUCCUUUGCAGCCUCCUCAAGUGCGAUUCUUGACAAAAAUAUUCCAUCCAAAUGUACACUUUAAGACAGGAGAGAUUUGCUUGGAUAUCUUGAAGAAUGCUUGGAGCCCUGCUUGGACACUCCAGUCUGUUUGUAGGGCUAUAAUUGCCUUGAUGGCCCAUCCAGAACCUGAUAGUCCACUCAAUUGUGAUUCAGGCAAUCUUCUGCGUUCUGGUGAUAUUAGGGGAUACGAGUCCAUGGCAAGGAUGUAUACGAGGCUUGCAGCUAUGCCAAAGAAAGGGUAAAAUGAUGAAAGGAAAUUUGUGAUUUCAUAGGUGUUCAUCUAUGUAAGUUUGCCCAGAUGUGUUGUGACUAUUCAAUGAACUCAAUUAUUGUCUGUUAAAAUUCUUGAAAUCAAAAGCUGCAUUUUGUCAUCUCA